AUGGCCAUGCAUCAUCUCCUCCUCCUCGUCCUCGUGGCUUCCAUCCUCCAGGCGGCCUCCUCCACCACAGCCAACUCGACGGCAGAUGCUGCGAGCGCAACGGCAUACGACAUCCUCGAGCAAAACCAGCUCCCGCGUGCCCUACUGCCGUUGGGCGUGAAGUCCUACGUGCUCCACGAGGGCGUUCUCACGGUGACGCUCCCGGGUGAGUGCAACUUCUUCCUCACACUUGGCGGCGACCAAUAUCACUUCAAGUAUGGAAGCAGCAUCGGCGGGGUUAUCAAGCCCGGAUCCAUAACCGAGGUGCAUGGCGUGAGGGUGUUUGUCAAGACCGAGUGGCUUGGGUUCGCCGGGGUCAAGCGCGUCGGUGACCAGCUCACCUUAGACGUCCAGGGAAACUUGCAGACGUUCCCUGUCAGCAGCUUCACACAGAGCCCCAAAUGCAACUAA